UAUCAAACCGUUUUCCAUCUUAAGCACACAACAUGAGACUUCUAAGCGCAAGUUUGCUUCUGGCCUUAGUCUUAGGCACAUCAAAUGCUGGAUUUGCAGGAAGUUACGGAGCCGUAGCUUCCGGUAGCCAGGACCUGGGUCAGGGACAGGGUGAGUCGCACGACCAAGGACAAGGUUAUGGACAACAGGGAGGUUGGCAGGCUAUCGCCGGACCACAAGAAGGUCAACAACAACACCAAGGAAUCGAACAAUUGGCCGCUGCCGCUCUCCAGCAAGCUUCUGGAUUGUUGCACGCUGCCGAAGGUUACGGUCAAGGCGGCGGCUACCAAAGCUACGGCGGUCAAGGAUUGGAACAAGGUGGUGGCUAUGAAGGAGGCGUUGGUACUGGCCACGGUGGUGACAUAGGAGGAGGAGCUCACGGCCUCGACAUCGGAGCUAGUCAAGGACUCGAAGCUGGCGGCCAUGGAGGUCUCGAAGCUGGUGGUCACGGUGGACUUGAAUCUGGUGGCCAUGGGUUUGAGGGAGGUUUGGAACAAGGCGGCGGCGGUGACUUCGAGAGUAAACACGUAGAAGAACACGUAAACAUUCCAACUCACACCAUCGAACACACCAAACCAGUGCCAGUUCCUGUCGUCAAGAAGAUUGGAGUUCCAGUUCCUCAUCCAGUCGGAGUGCCAGUACCACAAGUUAUCAAAGUACCAGUUCCACAACCCUACCCCGUACACAUCCCAGUACCACAACCAAUCGCUGUUCCAAUCUACAAGUUGGUACCACAAGAAAUUGAAAAGAAAGUUCCAAUCACGGUCAACAAAAUCGUACCAGUGGAAAUAGAAAAGCCAUACAAAAUCGAAAUCGAAAAGCACCACAUCCAAUAUGUGGAAAAACCAUACCCAGUUCAUGUUCCUGUCUACAAGCACGUGUUCCACCACGUUCCAAAACACGGCGGUGGCGGUGGAGGCCACGGAUGGCAUUAGGGCGUCUUAGAUUAGUAAUCGUUGUUUGUUAUUUAUGAUUUGUUGUACAUUAUUUGUUAUUGUUUUUAUACCUCAUUUUUUCUCCUUUCAUCUCAUCUCUCUUCCUAAAAAAAAAUCAUCUUUCA